AUGGCCGCAUCUGCAGCAGCUUCUUACAAGGCUCGUAAGGAGGCAUUCGUGUCCAACCUCUAUGGAAGCUCCCUGACAGAGAUCAACCUGGUCACGCUCGUUGCCGCAGCCGCCGUGUUUCUCUGGACUGCUUUGCAGAGAAGAUACUCAUUCUUCACGCCAUACUCUCCUGUCGCUCUGGUGGCCGACUUCCUGCUCAAUGUCUGCGCCAUUUUGUUCGCCAUCACCCUGUACUCAUCAGCUCCCCUGGCCUUGAAUCUCUUUCUCAUCACCCCUGCUGUUCUGCUUCUCUUCCUCCAGUCCGGUGGACAGUCGGCUUCUUUCUCGGACGGUCCAGCAAACCCGUCAUCAAGGACAGCGAAGAAGCCAGCAAAACUCAACCCUGUCGCUGUCAAUGGCACCGCUGCCAGCACUUCCAAUGCUCCCCUGGCGCUCCCCGUCCGACCAUUCCUCACCCAUUACCGCGGGUCCAUGCUCGUUGUGACCUGCCUGGCCAUCCUCGCCGUCGACUUCCCCAUCUUUCCCCGCCGCUACGCCAAAGUCGAGACUUGGGGCACCUCGCUUAUGGACCUGGGCGUGGGCUCUUUUGUCUUUUCCGCUGGUGUGGUCUCUGCCCGAGCUGUGGUACGCGCGAGCUCCAAUGUCUAUGCCGUGUCAUCCUCCACGACCAACUUUGCCAAUCGUUUCAUUCAGGCCUGUCGGCGUUCCAUCCCCCUGCUCGCCCUCGGCCUCAUUCGCCUGUACAGUGUCAAAGGCCUUGACUACGCUGAGCACGUCACCGAAUAUGGAGUCCACUGGAACUUCUUCUUCACACUGGCACUACUGCCGCCCUUCACAGAGAUAUCUGACAGCCUGACCCGCAGGGCAUUCAAGUCUUACGAGGCCUUCGCCCUCACUAUUGCUGUCAUCUACGAACUUGUCCUCAAUAAUACAGACCUGCUGUCUUACAUUCUGAUCUCACCUCGCGGACCAGGCCUCCUAUCCAAAAACCGAGAAGGAGUCUUUUCUUUCACCGGAUACCUGGCCAUCUUCCUCGCAGGGCGAGGAGCCGGACUGCUUUUGGUCUGUUUCAACCAGCCGGCCCCUGGGGUUGCGAAGCAGUUGAGUCCAGUGGAAGUCACGCGUCGCGAGAGACAAUUGGUGCUGAGGAGUCUUUUCAUCAAGUCUCUCAUCUACGCGUCGCUUUACUGGUUGACAACGAGCCUUUACACGUUCAACCUGACCGUAUCGCGCCGCCUCGCGAACCUCCCCUACGUUUUAUGGGUCUUGGCCUUCAACAAUGCCCAAAUCCUCCUCGUCGGGGUGGUGGAAGCCUGCGGGCCGAGCUUCUCAUAUGAGGCGGAAGACAAGGACAGAGUCCGAUCUGCGACCAGCCGCAUUCUGGCGGCUUACAACAGCAACGGACUCGCCGUGUUUUUGAUCGCGAAUCUCUUGACGGGGCUGGUCAAUUUGAAUUUCAACACGCUCGACAUGCCUCCACUGGCGGCAAUGGGUCUGUUGAUGGGUUAUGCCGUGGUCGUUACCGGGGUCGCCAUGGGAUUGAACAAGAGCGGCGUGAAGAUCAAAGUAUGA